AUGUUGGUCCAGUUUGCUGGCAGCCAUCAGGGAAAUUUUGUGGAUGACCACCUGCAAAGUCAUGAUGAUUCUGCAAUGCACUUCUAUGUCACACAGAGCUCACAACUAUCAAGGAAAUGGUUCACACAAUUGUUGAAACUGGCAAGUCCAAAAUCCAUUGUUCAGAGGUCAGUCUGGAGGAUUCUCCUCAUCUACAUAAUCUCAGGGGCUGAGGAACCCAAAUCAGCAGAUACCUCUAUUGAAAUAUACCACUCUGAAACCAAAGAUAGAGGCAAUACCUCAAGAAUUGAAACAACUAAAAGUCCUGCAAAACUGUACAAACUGACAACCAUGAAAUGAAUAUUUCAUUUGGCAAAGCAUCCAGUGAAAAGAUCAGCAUUUUUCCCAGUUGGUAUUAAAGUCUGCCUGCAGGAAUCUGUGAAACAAAUUUUAGCCAAUCUUCAAGUUUAUUAUAGGUUGAGAGUAUGUCAGCAAGCAGUAUGGGAAUCAUAUCAGAUUUUUCUGGAUUGAAUCCCUGACAGAGAAUACCAGGACUGUGUCAGCAUCUGCUAGCAGAAAACCUUCUACCUCUUCAAUACUAGAAUAAAACAGAGAAACUUCCCUGAGAGCUUCCUCAAUUUUCAUUUCACUACUCAGGAAAGAGGAACAGAACUCACUGAUUUGUUUACAGUUGCACUGGAGCUCAGCAUCAUUCUGGCAAACAAGAGAUUCAAGGUGGAUCUCACUGACUCCCAGUCCCCAUGUUACCAGGAGCUAGCAGCCAAGGCUCAACUUCAGGUGCAACCUGUGGCCAUCUUCAAGAGAGACAACACAGAAGCAAAGAAGUCUACAGGUGAUCUCCCUUUUGAUUUCAACCAAAUUAUAAGUCAUGGAAUCAUGGAGACCAAGCAGCCAGAAAUUGAUCUCCCAGCUACAGACCUCAAAAAGCUAAUCAGCAGAGCACUCAAAGAUGACCAAUCCUUGGACAAUUCAGACACUGCUUUGAGUCUAGAACUUUCUCUUGAUCUGACAACUGACAAAUCAGAGCCUGGUUUACCAGACAGUUCUUGGUCUCUCCUGCUAUGGCCUCCACCUUCCAAUCAGAAACUCGACCUUUGUUUUACUGGAUCAAGAGUCUUCUCUUUGAUUGAUCAAAGUGUCAUAGACGUAAUGGCCAUUGACUCAACAGCAUCUGUCCCAGGUAUAACCAUCCCCACUGACGAUUACUCUGCCAUCAGCCAAUCUGCUAUGGAAAUUUCACAUCCCCCUGCAUCUUCAGAAGCCAGAGGUUUAAGUAUGAACAAUUAGUUUAUGGUCAGAGACCUAGAUGUAAUGAGUCUGUCCAACUCUCCUGCCUUGUCUGAUGUACCUGACACAAGUUAUGUCUCUACCUCAUAUCAUUUUUUGGAGAAUACCACACCUGUUCCAGUUUUUCAGUAUAUCCUCACUAACUCUAUGAUCAUUGCCUCCAAAGACCAAGAGCUGGUAGUGUUCUUCAAUCUGCAUUUUGCUGACACACCAUUCUCUAAUGACCUCUUCAAUGAGAGUUCUCUGGAAUACCAAGCUUUGCAGCAAGGAUUCUCACAGCUGCUGGUUCCAUAUCUGUGAUCCAGUUUAACAGGAUUUAAGCAACUCAAAAUACUUAACAGAAAUGCGAGUGUCAUCGUGAAUAGCAAAACGAGGCUUGCUAAAUUGCUGCCAUAUAACCUCACCAAAGUCUUGGAGGGCUUUCAUUCUGCUGGAGCCCAACAACUUGAUCUGGAAAUAGACAGCUAUUCAGCCAACAGCCAGCCAACUGAUCAAGCAGAUCCCUGCAAAUUCCUGGCCUGUGUCAAAUGUCAGUGUGCAAUGAAUGAGUGGACCAAAGAAGCAGAGUGUCACUGCAGAUCUGGAUAUGAGAGGCAGAAGGGCCUAUAUCACCUGGACCCAGGCUUCUGUGACCCCAAAGAGGAAAAAGAACUAGAUGCAGGGACAGUUGAGGACAUGGACUCUGGACGUAAGCCACCAGGCAAACCUGUGUGA